GUACAUACAGCGAGUUAAAAUAAAAGUCGAGUUAUCACCGAAUUGAUGAGUAAAAUUCCUGUGUUAAACGCCGAGCAUUAAAACCGGCAAGAAGAUAUAACGGACGCCCAAGAUAUCCACAAGUAUUCUUCCAAUUGACAGCAGUAUGGAGGCAGUACUUGAACAGAACAUCAAAAAAGUUGCCAAUCACGUUGAGCAGCAGUUGGACGCAGAAUUGGAGAAAUUAGAUAAUUUGGACAUCAGUGAUUAUGAAAAGAUACGCGCGCACAGACUAAAUGAGCUGAAACGGAUGCAAAAACAAAAGCAGGAUUGGUUGGCUUCGGGCCAUGGAGAAUAUGCCGAGUUAUACGACGAGAAAGAGUUCUUUGAAGUAUCUAAAAAGUCAGGAAACAUAGCUUGUUUAUUUUAUAAAGAUGAUUCGCCACGAUGUAAAAUAGUGGAUCAUCAUUUCAAGAUUCUUGCAAAGAAACACAUCGAAGCGAGAUUUUGUAAACUAAAUGUUGAGAGAUGUCCCUUUUUGACUGAACGGUUACGGAUCAGAAUUAUACCUACAAUUGCGCUAAUUGUGAAUGGUAAAACCAAGGAUUAUAUCGUGGGUUUUACUGAAUUGGGAAAUUGUGAUGAUUUUUCCACUGAAACAUUGCAAUCACGUCUUGCACAAUCCGGCGUGAUUAAUUAUGAUGGUGAUCUGCAAUCUUCAGAAACCAGUAAGAAACCAUUUAUAUUUAGACCAAAAACCAAGACCAUUAAAGGACGCAGCUCAGAUGAUUCUGAUGACGACUGAGACCACAUCCAAAUACAAAAGUUUAUACGUACUCUCUCUCAUUCGUAUUUUUCUCAUGUAUUAAAUUUCAGCACUGUGUUCUCGUUUAAUAUAGUAAGCUUUUUGUAAUAAAGUUGAUAAAUUUUA